CCUGUUCAGCAUAUUUACAUUGUGAGACUCUCAGCGUUUUAUCUGCUCAAACUCAAGGACUCGUUUACAUUUCAGUUCCACUUUAACAAUGGCGACAGCGACUUCCACACCGGCGGGUCAGAGAAUGAGCAGCCGCGCCAGCACCGGCGGUAGCGGCACACCGUUAAGCCCCACCAGAAUCAGCCGGCUGCAGGAGAAAGAGGAGCUGAAGCACCUCAACGACCGGCUCGCUGUUUAUAUCGAUAAAGUGCGCAGUUUGGAGUCGGAGAACAGCGUGCUGCACCUGCAGCUGUCCGAUAGAGAGGAGGUGAGGAGCCGGGAGCUGACCGGCCUCAGGUCGCUGUAUGAGACCGAGCUGGCGGACGCGCGGCGCUCUCUGGAUGAUACCGCUAAAGAGCGGGCCAGGCUGCAGAUCGAGCUGGGAAAACUUCAGACUGAGCACGAACAGCUGCUGCAGAACUAUGCUAGGAAAGAUUCUGACCUGGCUAGUUGCCAGGCCAGACUGAAGGACGUGGAGGCGCUUCUGAACAAUAAGGAGGCCAGUCUCGCUACUGCUCUUUCUGAGAAGAAAACCCUAGAAGUGACACUGGCCGACAUGCAGGCCCAGCUCAAGGAGUUCGAGGCAGGUUUGGCCUCAGCAAAGAAGCAACUGGGUGACGAGACUCUGCUGAGAGUGGAUCUAGAGAACCGCUGCCAGAGCCUGAUGGAGGACCUCGAGUUCAGAAAGAACAUGUUUGAAGAGGAGAUCAAGGAUACUCGGCGUAGACACGAGACCCGGAUGGUGCAGGUGGACUCUGGUCAUCAGCAGGAGUACGAAUUCAAACUGGCUCAGGCCCUGACUGAUAUGAGACAGCAGCACGACGACCAGAUUAAACUCUACAAGGAAGAGAUGGAGCAGACCUACAUAGCUAAGGUGGAGAACAUUCGCCUGUCCUCAGAGAUGAACAGCAGUUCAGCCAGCAUGGCGCGUGAGGAGCUGAAGGAGUCUUCUAUGAGAGUCGAGAGUCUGGCAGCUCAGCUGGCCAGUUUGCAGAAGGAGGAAGCAGAGCCAGAUACUGCUGAGACUGUAGGAUGGAACAAAUGGGAGCAGGUAAACAAGAGGUCAGAAAUGGAAGAGCAGACAGGACAGGAACAGUGCAGAUGGACACAUGAGGCUCGAGGCUGGCAGGAUCGGAUCAGUGACCUAGAGGCCGCUCUCGCUCAGGAGAAAGACCUCAGCCGCAAGAUGCUGGCCGAUAAAGAGCGCGAGAUUGCUGAGAUCCGAGCCAAGAUGCAGCAGCAGCUGGACGAGUACGAACAACUUCUGGAUGUCAAACUGGCCCUGGAUAUGGAGAUCAGUGCCUACAGGAAGCUGCUGGAGGGCGAGGAGGAGAGGCUGAAGCUGUCCCCCAGCCCGUCGUCCCGCGUGACCGUGUCCCGGGCCUCGUCCAGUCGCAGCGUCCGGACCACACGUGGCAAGAGGAAGCGUGUGGACGUAGAAGAAUCUGAGGCCAGCAGCAGUGUCAGCAUCGCCCACUCGGCCUCCGCCACCGGCAACGUCUGCAUCGACGAGCUGGACGUGGAUGGAAAGUUUAUCCGGCUGCACAACACCUCAGAUCAGGACCAGCCAAUGGUCGGCUUUGAGAUGACCAGAAUGAUCGGAGACACAUCGGCUACCUACAAGUUCACCCCCAAAUAUGUCCUGAAGGCUGGACAGAAAGUCACUAUCUGGGCAUCCAAUGCAGGCGUAAGCGCCAGCCCUCCAUCUGACCUUAUCUGGAAGAACCAGAGCUCUUGGGGAACUGGGGAGAAUGUAAAAGUUGUGUUGACCAACGCAGAAGGAGAGGAGGUGGCUGUGAGGACUACAGUGUUCAAGACUGCCACAGUGAUGGAGGAAGAGGAUGAUGAGGGAGUGGAGGUUGUUGAGGAGGCACACUUCCUUCGGCAGCAGGGAGAACCACGAGCUGAGAAGCGAGGCUGCUCGAUCAUGUGAGCACGACGACACUGAAUCUUACUUUUGCUCUUCCACUACAACCAGUUUCCGCUGCCAACUCUACAACCACCUCAGAACUAUUUUUGUAUCCCUUCUGUAUUAUAAACCGAGUGAAGUGUUUCCUCCCCCACCACCCCGUGUUUAGUUUUAAAGGAUUGUAAACCCUUUUUUUUUUUUGGUACAUUUUUAUUUCGUAACAUUUUGCUUUCUACAAACCAAAAUCUCGUGAUGAGUGGAGGAUUCUGUUGUGAGAGUGAGUGCUCGGUGACUAGCAGGCAGCUUUUUCUUUAGCAAAAUCAUCCAGUCCUCCAGGUGCUGUGAUUUUACCUUUUUGUGUAUUUUAUUUUUAAUAUACUAUUUUAAAAGCCUCUUUGAUAGGAAAGUUAUACUUUUAUAAUAAGUUUCUAGUUUUUAGCUGAAGUGAUUGUUGCAUAUAAAGGAAUGUAGACUCACGCAAGCAAGCGUAUCGAGCGUUUUAGAAUUCACUUCCGACGCUGUUGUUUUAACAGUGAGGGAAGAAACUUUUCUUAGGCUGUUAGGAUUGUAAGCUUUUCACUGUUUUCUUUACACACUUGAUGAUUCACUCUAUUCAGUGCCAGUUUCUUCACUUUUAUAUACACUGGGCAUCUCCUCGCAAACGUCUGACCAGUUUGAGCCAUCGUGGUGUGGAAGCCGAUAUAAAGCUCUGCACUUCACUUCUGUACUUCACCAGCAGUUCUAUGUAAGCAGUCUACGGAUAGGUUACAGCCUGUCUGACACAUUGUGACGAGACACUAAUGCGACCGCGUGCAAUAGUGUCACAUAACUAAUUACCUCUCGUGAGAACCUGCCUUGGAUGGAGCAUUUAUAGUUUUACGCCAUGUCGUCCAUCUCAUCUAACUCUAAUAGUCUUAUACCUAUGUUGUCAUUUCAUUUUAACCUUUAUUAGAAUUGUGGGUUGUUUGUCACAUGACUUGCAUGCUUAUUUUGCUGUAAUCUUUACAGUUUGAAAAGCUAAAUAAAUUUUGAU